AUGGGCAGCACAUCAACUAAUAAGAGAUCUGUUAAGUUGCAGCUCAUGAGAAAACUCUCGAUAUCAAGACAAUUGAGAGACAUAAAGUUACCAAAUCAGUACCAAGAUGAAUUUGUGACUUUAUGCUCACCUUGCCGUAUUUCCGACAGUGAAUCUACAGAGGAAGUCGGCGCUAAUUCCCUCAACUGGCGCGUAAAAUACGAAUUUGCAAACAUUGCCACAAAGGUGCCUCUCCAAGGCGUAAACUGGAGAAAUUGUUCUGGCGCCACUGACCCCCCCAGUUACAAACUUGCACAUUUGGAUGGGGAUGACGCACAAUUGUUAAAGCAAGUUUACGAAGUAAUGUAUCCAGAGAGAGACAUUGAAUUGGCCCACCUAGCCGAGGGUAUACAGAAAUUUGGAGCAAUCAAACUUUCCUCCGUUACUUAUGGAUCAAAGAUGCAAUCUAGAGGAAUUCGGUCCAGUAAGAUUUUAGCGUCCUGGCCGCCAGACAAUGGGCAAGUCCUGCAGGACCGGUUUUGUUUGUCUGCUGGGACUGUACGUUAUUAUUUUAGGCAUUCAGUUCAGUUGGGAGGUGAGCAUUUAUCACAUUUCUUCUCCUGUAUCAGAUGGUAUAUACCACAUGAGGAAUCCACUACUCUAUAUGGCAACCCAAUCAGGGUCUAUAAAAACAAAUUCUAUCCAGGAGGACCGUCGGCGUUUAUGCCAGUCCAAAGGAUAUUUUCAAGAUUCACCUCAGCUGAAGUGGAUGUAGAGGGACAAAAACAAGUUGUGAUGGCUCCCAUCAACACGAAUGUUCAACUGUAA